UGUUUUCUUUUAACAGAUUUUAAACUCUGGUAAGCUGUGAUUGUGGCCGUUGGGACAUUUGAAGUAAAGAACAAACAACAGUAUGACAGGACUGAAAGGAGCCUUCUUGCUGAUUGUAGCAAUUGCUCUUGCGGUGCAAGGGUAUCUUCUACUGGAGUUUGUUAUUCCAAAGAUCCAGUCUAAAAUCAUGAGACGUACAAUAUCAGAAAAUGCCAUAAUGAUGAGCAACAUCACUCGCAUAGAAGGGCUGCUCUACAGAUCAGGGCAUAUGAAGAACGUGCACAGCAACAAUUCAAUGCCUCGUGAUGUUGGAAAGUCCAGAAAUAUGCCGCACCCGCCGGGCCAGUGUUAUCACAGAGUCCAGGUGUACAACAAGAAUGGCGUUCUCACUGAGAAAAGACCAGCACUCAAAAACAUCGUUGAUCAAUCAAAACUUGAAGGGAGAACAGACAUCAGAGCCAAUGUGACCUGUCCAAAAGAGUGCACCGUGGAGAUCACGAUUGCCGGCGAUGAGGACAGGUUUGCAGGAAUGGACGCCGUGGUUCACUUCAUGAAGAGCCUCAUCCCGAACCCCCUACCCCCAGCCAACCUGAACCCUGAUCAGACAUGGGUCUACUUCUCCUGGGAAUCUCCGUGGUCCAACGCUAAAGAGAGCGGUAGAAUCGCCAAGUUACCGGUCCACGCCGUGUGGACGUACUACAGAGGGUCCGACAUCCCUUUUCCUUACGGGUAUUACGACGCCGUGACACCCAUGGCGAAGGAGACGAAAUCGGUGGACGAGUGGUUGCAGGGGAAGACCAAGCUCGUGGCCUGGAUGGCAAGUAACUGCGGAACCACCUCCUGGCCGAGAAGGGACUUCGUCCUCGAACUCAAGAAAUACAUCCCGGUCGACAUGUACGGGGCUUGCGGGAAUCUCAAGUGUAUGCCGAGUUGGUCGACUAAAUGCACGGUGGACCUGGUGCGUCAGUACAAGUUUUAUCUGUCCUUGGAGAAUGCGGAGUGCGAUGACUACAUCACCGAGAAAUUGUGGAACAAGCCCCUGAUGCAAGGGGUGGUCCCCAUCGUGUAUGGACCCACGCGGAAGGCCUACGAGGAGUUACUGCCUCCCAAUUCGUUCAUUUACAUCGGCGAUUAUAAAAACAUGUCCGAGCUGGCAAAUUAUUUGAAGCUCUUGGACUCCAAACCCGAACUGUACGUCGAGUAUUUGAAAUGGCAGAACCAAGGUAGUGUCCGGGUGAACCAGGUAAUGCACGAACCGUACGACCCGUCCGCGUUUUGCGAUUUGAUUCCUGUCAUCGACAAAGUGAAAAGAGGCGAGUUGAAACGGACCCCCGUGAGUAAAAGCAGCUUUCCAAAAACAUGUAGAAAGCCGGACCGAAGUAAGACGUCAGCUUUUGGACUCGGAAAGUGGAAUCCUUGGUAAAGUGAGUUUUUCGUAUUUGGGCCUACACAUCCCUUCGACGAGAUGUUGCAUUGAUAGGCCUAUUAAAACAAUAAUAUGUUAUAAACAAUUUGCCUGAGUGAACAUUUUGUACUUUAGAUAAAGGUUGUAUUAUUUUGUUCAAUGACGCAUGGAUUUAAUGUCCUUCAACUCAUUUGAAGACUCGCAUUAUGGUUUAUUUAGUUUUGUAUUUUAUACCCGUAUAUUUUUAAUCAAUUUAUGUAUUUGAAAAGGAAAGGUUUAAAUAAUAAAAUAAUCAUAACCUGGAAACAAACUUCUAUAAAACUCACGGUGGUUCUGGUAUAUCUGUUGACAAAUACAUUUCAUUUAUCUGAUGCGAGUAUUCUUCAUUAUUCAAAAACUGUCGUCCACUAGAUGGCGCUCUUGCAGAUUCGCAUUUUUUUUAUUUCCCCAAACCAAAGAUCUUUUAAUUUACAUUUGAGUGUUUUGACAAAAACGUUAUGCAGUCUGCAGAUACUCGGCAAACGGCUGUACAUGUUCUUAAAUAUUAAACCCGCAUAACUGGCUAUUAUAGGACUGGUCCAUCGUAAGGUUAAGCUAAAAAACUACGUUCUAUUCAAACCAUUAUAGACCCAAACAAAACUGAUUAUUCAAUGUAUGCAUUGGUGAAAUGCUGAGAUAACUUCGUCAAGCCCAGGGCGUGGGAGGGGGGGGGGGGUUCCACAACAAAUUAUGCUGACAGACCAUCUGUGCCACCAGUCUGUCGAAAAAACAAGUGUGACGUGAGUGCACAAUAAGCUCUGGCCAUCUUGCAUGAAAGUCUUGCAUGAAAUAGAUCAAAAUGAUGCCUGCCAGAGCUGGAAAAAAUGGCUGGUACCAUCUUUCAAUGAGGGGGCUGUUCAAAGCGGACGAUCAUACACACUAUCGGACAAUACAGGAGUUUUUUUUCAGAGGGCACACGCGCGAAAUUUCUAAAGGCGCUGUUACAGCCGCUAUUGUUACAAAAAGGCACUCAAUAUUUUUUUGAAAACAGGGCACUGUUUUUUUUAAAGGGCACUUUAAAAAACAACAACACUCUUUAAAGAUAUGGGGGGGGGGUUAAAUAAGGGCAGUUAAAUGGAAAAGGGCAGUCUUUACAAAACAUUGGGGGGGGGGGGGAGUAAAUCCCCCUUACCCCUUCCCCGAAAAAGUUGAUUCAAAAAUUUACUGCGUGGUUUUUUUUUUAUUCUAGUUGCUCUGUUGUGCGAUCUGAGGCAAUUUCCGACCACUUUAACAAAAGAUGAUUUAGCGAAAGAUGAUGAUAUAUGCAGUGGCUGUUUUUUUUUUUCGUGGCGACGUCACAAAUUGUGUAUGGGUUUGUUUAUGAUGUAAAUCGAGGACACACAGUGGGAAGCAUCAUCGAGUAAUUGAGGACAUGAGUCAAAUAGAGGACGACCUCGAUUAGAAAACGUGUGCAAAACCAAUGGGAGCUGUUGCAAAAAAGUUGAGUAAAUUAGAAAACAUUGAUAAUAAGGAACAAUAGAACAUUCUCGAUUUACACCAUGAACAAACCCUGGGGGGGGGGGGGGGGGUGGAAUCCAUCUUUCUAUGGGGCGCCGUGACUAUCUGACAAUAUAAGGUAUUAUAAUAGAGCUCUUCAGAGCGGCACAAUUAAAGACGCUUGCACGACCUUAAAAAGGGGCCGGGGCACUAAAGUGAAAAAAGGCCAUUAUUCAGUUCCCAAUGGAAAUGCUUCCUGAAUAGUACUUAGAUAGAUUAAUCAAUUUAAACAAGUUUUAAACAAUAAUUGUACUUUUAUAACAUUUUAAACGUUUUUGAAGUUCCGUGGACUCAUUCCGUGGAAACAUUUAGGAUGUUGGGUUUUUGUUGUUGUUGUUGUUGUUGUUGUUUUUUUAAUAUGUAUGAAUAUAUGACUUUAAACGUAUGUUUCAAUAACAUUAUUAAAGCAUACAUGAAUGUGAUAAGAUAAUAAUAACCUUCACAUGUAACACACGCACUAUAUCAAUUAAUUUACGAAGUUUCAGACUUCAAAUGCCGUCAGAGCCUAUACCAUUUUUAAUCGAUAUUGAUAGUUUCGUUGACUCGAACAUUCAGCAGGACAUGUUUCAAUAAUGUUGCCAACACUUUUGCAUAGCAUUUUCAUGAUAAUCUAUUAAACAUGUUAUUUGUAAUUAUAUGAACACGUGUACGUUUCAACAACAGUAUCAUGAAAACGUGUAAGUAUCAAAAUAAUAAUGUUAAAAAAGAUA